UGCUUCUAAUUUGUUUCCAUUAACAUUUUACUUUCUCUCCUUUGUCUGAAUCACCCACACCCCUCUCCUCCCUCUUGCUGUCUCUAUCUUUCCAUCCAACCCCCCCAGCAAAGGGCAAGGAAGUUUGAGAAAAACAGGCAUCCAGCAGGGACCUGCAGAACCAUGAGCGACUUGAAGACCGGAUGAGAACAUCUUAUAAUCAGGAACAUUUCAAUGACAAAUACACGUAUAUUCCGAUGCGCAGAUCAGGUAUUAUGAGUCACAUCUUUGAAGGCAGAGCGUGAUCCAACAACUCAGCAACUAAGUCCUACUCUCAAGUAAAGUACAUAGGAAAGAUGACCACUGAAACUGCAGUCAAGUUUAAUGAAACACUGCAGAGCACAGCUAUAACCGACCUUUAUAACACUACCAUGGAGAAUAUCUCGAUAAAUACCACAAAAUUGCCAAUGGAUUUUACUGACCCCUUACCUAUCAUCAUCUCACUUGUGUGCAUUUUUCUGCUUAUUGCCACCUGCCUAGUUUUUGUGACACUAUGCAAGCCUGCUGCCCUAGAUCAGUCUCUAUAUGGUCCACGAGAAUUCAUGCCCUAUCAUGUGGAAGAUGCCAGUGAACCACAGCUCAGACUUUGGAAGAGGAUAGGCUCACUCCGCCAAUCAAUCAACAGCUUUAGAAGAAGUCGGCCAAUUUCUCAGUGCCAAAGGACAUGUCCAAGGCAGACACCAACCACUCGUGACUGGUCUUUUUUUGAGUCUACUAAAAUGUAAUGGGGCAUUGUUGCUAUCUUUAUUAUCCAUUUUUAGUACCGGAAUCUGAAUGUUCCAUUUUUCUCUACAUUUCUGCAAAUCUAUACCAAAAUGCACAUGUUAGUUGGGGAUUUUGCCUUGAAUUUUGACACAGAUUUGCCCCAGAUCUCACCCUUUGCAUUUCAGAGAGAGAAAUCUGCACAAACAUUUGACAUGCUGUAGAUUUCAAAAUCCACAGGUCCAUUUCGGAAUGGAAAAUUUCCGUGAGUUUAAAAAUUUCAGCUACCUAGCUGGUACUGGUACUGUGGAUUUUCCGCAUAAUCCUUGCAGAAAAUACGCGGCACAAAAGAGCAACAAUACUAAUAAGAAGACAUUCAAGAACCACUCUUCAGUGCUAUAUUCAAGUAUUGUUGCACAAAGUGAAUUUUAUAGAACGUUAUAGAACUCUAGAUUCUAAGCACAAAAUAGAUGCCAAUUAAUUUAGCUGUAUUUUUCCUUGGGUUGUUUAAAUUAAUGGUCACGUCUGGCUGGAGUAACGGAGCUGGACAUCUUCACAAGUUUGCAGCCAUUAAAGAUUAAUCAUGCAU